GAAUCAGUCUGAAAGUCAAUGUUCCAGUUGACAUCAUGGUGGUCUAUAUGUGUUUACUAUGGACAUUUCUGGUUACUCUAUGUUCAACACUGACGGAUGCUCAAGAGAUUAUAGUGGAAUUUACCAUAGCCGAGAACAUGCCUUCCGGUUUCUACGUGGGCAGCGUGGCCACGAAGAGUGGGAUUGAGAAGGAUGUACCCGUCGGUGAGUUUUCUCAACUGCGCUACAACUUCUUAAGUCAAGGAAUCACCGAAGUGUCAUCGAUAUUCAGCAUCAACCCAGAGACUGGCGAUAUUUACACGGUAUCGAUAAUCGACAGAGAAGCAACAUGUGCCUUUCAGAUCGACUGUGUCAUCGACUUUGAGGUUGCCGUCACCUCGCUGAAGACGUCGUAUUUUCAGAUCAUCACCGUGUCCGUCACGAUCACCGACGUCAACGACAACCCUCCUGAAUUUUCCAAAGACGUUGUCACGCUGCUCAUUCCGGAAUCUGUCACCAUCGGCACGUCGCUCAGACUAGAGGGAGCCACCGACAAGGACAAGGGAAAGAAUCACUCGAAGAUUUCGUACGAGCUGGCAUCCACGAGCAACAAGUUUGGCCUGCACGUUGAGGAGAGGGCCGACGGAACCUCGAGUCUGAGGAUCGUCGUGAGAAAACGUCUCGAUCGCGAACGCAAAACACAGUACAAGUUCUACAUCCUGGCUAAAAACACCGGUUACGUGCCUCUGAUUGGCAACCUGACGGUUAUCGUUAAAGUCACAGACGUAAACGACUGUCCUCCGGUCUUUUCCAAAAAGGUUUACGAUUACGUGGUGGCAGAAAACACGCCUAUAGGCUCCACCAUCGGACAUCCCGUUGCCAGGGACAACGACGAAGGUGCCAACGCCAACGUCACCUACAGAUUCGACGAGGAGACCGACAGCGAUGUGUACCCAUUGUUUUCAAUAGACAAGCUGACCGGGUUUAUACGGGUGAAAGGGAAAUUGCAGUAUGAGGCUGGCAAACAUUUCAAAGCAUUCGUGGAAGCCACGGACCAAGGCGAACCGCCACUAGAUUCCCAGACCCUUAUUCGAAUAUACGUGAGAGACGUGGGCAAUGAUCCACCUCGCAUUCACAUCAAUCCAGUGUCAUCUGGGGUGGGCGACCUUGUCAUACUGUCUGAGGCAGCCAGGGUGGGCACGGUGCUCGCUCACAUUAAGGUCACGGACAGAGAUCAAGGUCGCAAUGGGGAAGUGAACUGCUCCAGUAAAAAUCCACUGUUUUCGGUGCGUGUACUGGAAGGUCGGGGAUACAUCAUACAACUGGACCGAAAGUUGGAUAGAGAAGUUAUGGAGGAGAUAAAUGUAACAGUUGUUUGUGUAGAUUCCGGAUCUCCUAGUUUAUCAGCACAAUCUAGUUUUAUGCUGAGAGUUACCGAUGAAAACGAUAAUGCUCCUGUUUUUACCCAACAAAUAUAUAUAUUUAAUAUUUCCGAAAAUAACCGAAAGGGAGAAAUCAUUGGACGUGUUUCGGCUGUUGACAGCGACAUUGGUACCAACGCAAAAUCACUUUAUUUUCUCAGUGCCGCCAGCGAUUCUUUGAUACGAAUUGACCAUCAGGAUGGAUAUAUUGUGAUAAACGAUGUUCUGGACAGAGAAAAGAUUUCGCACCUUUCAUUCGACGUCAUGGCUCGCGACGAGGGAGACCCUCCGUGCACUGGAAGAGCCAGCAUAGUGAUCAACGUCCUUGAUGCGAACGACAACAGACCGCAGUUCGUGAACUCGUCUUUAGAGUUUUCCGUGACAGACGACAUGCUGGCGGGGAGUUCCGUCGGAAAACUCCUGGCUACUGACGCCGACAGCGGCAGGAACGCUCAGUUUGAAUUCCUGAUGCUGGUGCGAGGAGAACUCCCUCCGUUUGUUGUCUUCUCCGACGGGAUGAUCCGAACGGACAGGACUCUGAACUGGAGGAUGAAGAAGAGGUAUCAGUUUGAGGUACUGGUUAAGGACAAGGGGACUCCGCCGCUGAACAGCACCGGGGUAGUGGUCAUCAACAUCCUACGUGCUAACCACAACGCCCCCGUCAUCAUCUUUCCUUUCGGGAAAAACAAUUCGGUGACCAUCACCUCCGACAUGGAACCAGGUAGCUACAUCACUAGGAUCCAUGCCAUAGACAGGGACGACGGCAUUAACGGCAAUCUGUCCUACUCCAUCGCCGGCGGAAACAAGGACAACGUCUUUGAGAUCAAACCCACCACUGGGGAGGUCUUCCUGACCCGACGUCUAGGGGUCAAGGACGCCGCGUUCUACACCCUCACAGUCUCCGUCCAGGACCACGGCAACCCGCAGAAGGAGACGCAGCAGAAGCUGAACAUCGCCGUCGUUUACGUCAACGUCACCGCGACGAUGGCGGAUCGCAGCGACAUCAAGUACAUCGUCAUCUCCGGGGUCGUGGGCGGCGUCACCAUCGUCAUGUUCAUCGUCGUGGUGACGGUGAUCCUGUACCUGAAGCGGUCGGACACGAGACGUCGCGCCAGACACUCCGUGGCCGUGCAGGAACACAACGACACGCGCGACUUCGAGAAACACUACUGGCACAGCGUCCCCGGCGACGACAGCUCCGGCAGCGCCGAUGACGGCGACAAGAACAUCGACAGCAUCCCGAAGGGAGACAAGACGAUGAUCUCGUUCGAGUCGGGCCCAGACACGGAGGAGCCUUACCUGAGGAAGGUGAACUCGGACCAUUAUGGUGCUCAACAUUUUUAUACUUUUCGAAAGUGUCCUUCACACACACAUGGCGAUGACCUUCACAGCGACUCGUCAGGGGAGGUUACCGCCAGUGACAGUGGUCGAGGCGGGAGCGUUGAAGAUAUCCAGUUACCCAUUUUGACAGAGGUGGAAGGUGAAGACUCCGGACAACCGGUUCACUACCACAGGGCCAAACGAAAGUUAGGUUCACAUACUAACAAGUCGAAACCAGCUGACGGGCGUGAAGGCCUUUUCCAGCUGGAAUCCCUCGUGCCUAAGGUAAACCCGGCGGAUCACUGCAGACACCAGGAGAGUCUGAUGACCAACACGCGGACAGUGGGCAUCUAUUCUCCGUGUGCCAGCGCCUUGUCGUUCGAUGACCCCACCGAUAUGAGGCGAACGACUCUGGAAAAACGAGUGACAUUUGCCAAGGAACCGCUGACUCGAACAAACUUAAAGACGUUUGAUCGGUAUUACGCCUACAACAACGGUAGUCCGCCGAACACUAGGGCAGACACUGCGUCCAGAAACCCUCGCUACCCGACGAGGUACAACGACGACGACUUCUCGCAAGUUAAAGUGUUUACUAAUCUCUCGCGAGUUCGGGACGACGACGAAAACACAACGACAUCCGGUAGCUAUACCAUAGGAUCAGAAGACAUCGAUGGCAUGUUUGUCGGCAGUUCGCCUGUGAUGUAAACUUUAUAUAUAAUAUUCAUCAAAAUCGUGACAGUGAGUCCAUCCAUAUUUACAUUGUAGAGUACCCACAUAACUCACUAGAAUGUAUCCACAAGUAACCCUAGUCCAGGCAAAUAGAUUAUGUAAUAUUUAAAAACACGAAGUGUCUGUUGGAAGGAUUCAAACCCACUGCACCGAUUCGCAUGGCAUUUUUCAAUAUUUCGCUAUAGUCAUAAGAGUCAUCAUCUUGGUGAUUUCAAGGUGAUUGAAAACUACAUUGCACACGAAGAGAUACUUUAUAUUUAACAUUGGAGUGUUCACAGAAUCGUCGCCUUGCUAAACGUAGACCAAAUAUUACAGUUACCAUUAUGUCAAGCUCAGACUACCAACUGCCAACAGAAAGUUGGCAAACGACAGUUGCGUUAUAAUUUCUACAACUCCCGACUUACGACGGGUGCGCUCAGAUUAACAACUAAUGGGUUAUACGACGAGAAUCGAGUUGUAAGAGCUCUCAGACUAAUAACUGGACAGUUGUAAAAGUCGUGAUAGUAGAAAGUUUGCCGAAUUUCUGCUGGCAGUUGGUAGUCUGAUCCUAGCAUUAGACACCUAAUAUUGUAGUCACAGUUGAAAAUAUGCUGAGUGUCAUUAAACAAAUCAUUCCUUUCCUUAUCUAAAGGAAAAAGACCAUCAUGUGAUACGGCAUCUUAGCAUAUGAAGAGUUGCUAGUGAGCUAUAGUGGGUCUGCGUGAAUAUAUACAUACAUGUACUUGGAACCGGUGUUUUAACGACUCCAGUUGUCUACAGUUGAGCUGGUCGUACGAAUCUGAAAUGAAAAAAAAGAAAAGAAAAAAAAAAGAAAAAAAGAACAACCCCAAAACAUAAGCAUAUCCAACUUUAUCCAAUGGAAAACAUACGCUGGUGCCAUUUGUGAAGAAUUAAAAAGUUUGUUUUGGAUUAUCGCGGGUUUCUUCUCGCUAUACAUUUACGAGACGUGCAUCACGUAAUGACCAAGUGCGCGCUGGUGUUGCUAAACACAAACUAUCUAUAUUUUGUUUAUAAGUAAGACCUCCUAUGUGUAUUACAGUGUAAAUGGAAUCAUGACAUGACUCUGCAGUUCGUGCGAGUAUUAUCAACUAUGUGCCUGUACUAACUAUAUACAAGUAUAUACCAUAUCAUGACUGUGGCAAGAUACCCCUUUCCAUGCCAUCAAGUGUUACAUUACCACAAUUGCUCAGAUAAAAAUUGUAUUACUGCAGUGAGAAGCAAAAGAUUGUGUUCACCACAAAACACCCAGUAUAGUAAAAAAAAAACCUGCAGGUGGUAUCGUCUGUUUACACCGAGGGUUUUAGAAUCGCAUAUCCACUAUGAAAUAACCUUCAUCAAUGACAACAAUAUUUAACAUAUCUAAAGUAGUAUUACUGUAACACUAGACAAAGAAAACUGUUUUCAAGAAUAACAGUUUGAAUGUUCAAAUCGCACUUGAGCAUUCUUGUCCCAGUGAAAGCCGACUCCAAAUUUAUCACAUCGGUGGCCAGUGCCGAGUUCAGCCAGACCGAGCAAAAACAACGUCCGUCUGACUGGUUUAUGCACUUCAUAAUAAAAAAGAAUGACCACUUCGGAAUUCAGUCAAAAUAGUUCGCAGACGUUAGCGAAAAACGGCUGGCUGAACUUAGGGCGAAUGUCGCCAUGUUUUACGUUAGAGUUAAGUUCACGUCUUUGCGAUAAAUGCGAUUGGUUACACGCAUCGAGUUGUUGUCACAUGAUUUAAACAACAUCCAGAUCUGUGGGUUCUCCAUCAGAAUAAUGUCCCAUCUCCUCACCAUCCUUUUUAAAGUAUAAACAAAUCCGUUUGUAUUUCCAGAGUAAUAGAAAAACUUCGUCAUGCGUUACACCAUAACACUAAACCAAUAUAAACACGUCCAGCUUACAGCAAAUAACUCUUAAUUAUAACCACUGCCAUUUAAGUUACGUGGACACUUUCUUUUGCUUUUCAUGAUAUAUAACUUAAGAUGUAUAUAUUAUGUGCUAUUCACGUAU